AUGUCCAUUAUUUUCUUAACUUUAUUAUUUUCUCACCUUUUUAUUGCUAAAUUAUAUGGGGAAGAAGAAACAACAGAAAAUCCUUUAACAGAUAAUUAUUUGCUUGAUUAUUCUGAAUUAACUACAAAUUCUCCUUUGGAGGGGGAAGAGGAAGCUGAAACUGAACCAAGUCGUUCUAAACGGUUAGCACCAGAAUUAUACAAUAGACUUGCCAAAAAGGGAUAUUUUAUUCACUUUUGA